UGAUAAUGGUUAGAGAAUAGAGAUCUAGUGUUUUCCUUAAAGAAACUCCAGCAGAGUUUGUGGAUGUUGUCAUGUUAAUGAGUUUCUCGUCCUUUCUUCAAUCAAAGGUAAGAAAAUAAGUUGAGUAACCAAAUUGGAAAUGUUUUUUCAGGAACUUGAUUUGUAUGUUGUGGUUCUUGUUUCGGUCUCUGAAACCUUCUGUGCUCCGGCAUUAAAUAAUGUAUUUUUCAUCACUUAAAAGAAUAUUUGGAGUGUAUCUGCAAUAUGUCUCUUCUUUAUUGAAAUUCAAAAUGUUAAUUAUCCCACCCUUUGCCACUAAUUAAAAUUUACAGUAUUACUUGGCAACUAAUUAAAAUUUACAGUACUUUAUGCAUUGUGAUUACAAUUUUUAAUUAACAUGCACAAGUAAGGGAUGUGUUUAAUUUUUAAUUUGUAAUAGACGUAUAUAGUACUAACUAUGGAAUCCAGAAUGCACAUACUCCAAGUAACACUGGAAGGGAAAUGAAAGCGAUUCUCAUUCCUGUUGGAUACGUAAUCAUGACUAUUAGCAUUCAGUUAGUUAAUGUGGCUUUGGAACUCAUAAAGUCUUUGAUUUCCAUAUACUAAUGCACAAGCUCCAAAGUUUGUCUGACAAGUUAAUUUUAAAAAUUUAUAAAAAAUCAUUAAUUGGUUAUCUUUACAUUGGAGAGUCUUUACAACUCCUAUUGGUUAGCAUUCAGUUGUGAGAUUGCUGUAUCUGAGUCCAAAAAAGUUGUGUUUAGUCACUCAGGUUCCAGUUUUGUCUUUCUCUCCACCGAGAUCAAUGGAAAAGAAAGUUGAUAAGAAGUUCACUUGGGUGAUAAAGGAUUUCUCUUCUUUGCAAUCUGAGAAAAUAUUUUCAGAUAAAUUUGUCGUCAGUGGCUGCAAAUGGUAUAUUAGUGCAUAUCCCAAAGGAUACAAGGUUGAUAACUUUCUGUCAUUGUAUCUGGAAGUCCCCGAUUAUGGAUCAUUACCAUCUGACUGGAGAAGACACGCACGAUAUCGCCUCAUUGUUGUAAAUCAGCGUUCUGAGAAACUCUCCCGGCAACUUGAAGUACAACACUGGUUUGAUGUGAAGUCUAGCAGCUGGGGCUUUCCAUCCAUGCUUUCCCUCGAUGAAAUUAAUUCCAAAGAUGGCGGGUUUCUGGUAAAUGGGGAGCUCAAGAUUGCUAUCGAGAUAGAUCUUCUUGAAAUUAUUGGCAAAGUAGAGGGUAAUGGGUUUCAUCUUCUUUCUUCACAGGUGGAAUCUGUGAGCCGUAUGUUUGAAAAACACCCAGAGACUGCUUCUGAAGUCCAUCUAAGGAACCCUAAUAUUAGGACAGGUUACAUGAAUUUGCUACUUAGCCUGAUUGAUACUUUGCGCCAGUCGCCUCAAGAGCUCCCCAAGGAUGAGGCGCAUUAUGCACUGCAAUCCUUGACUGAUGCUGGGUUUAAGUUGGACUGGUUGGAGAAGAAAAUUUCUCAAGUAUCAGAAAUGAAGGAGAAUGCGAAAGAUGGUGAGAUUCAUAGGCAAGAAAUUGAAAAAGAGUUGAAAGAUUUGAAGCAGAAGUGCUCAGACGUGGAGGCUCAACUGGAGAAGGAGAAGUCAAAGGCGUUGGCUGCAAAAACUCGUAUCUCAUUCGAUAAUAUUAUUGAAUGAUCUGGAGUCAUUAGACACUUGAAGUUUGCUCUUAUUUGAUUUUAGGCGAAGCUCUGCUUCUUAGCAUAUGCUGCGUUGUACUUGUCUCACUUGAAAAAGUCUUUUAUUUUAUCUUUUCACUAGGUUAAGACCCGCGCCUUGCGCGGGAUGAACAUUAUAUAUA